AUGUCAAAAGCGUUUGACUGUAGAAGCAGGACACGGCUCAUCUCGGUGCUGGGAUCGUUCUUGCAGCCGGAUGAAAUCCGAAUGAUCAGUUACCUCCUCCAGGACACCAUACUUCGGGUUGUACUCUCAUCCGCUAAGGGCUCGUCAUUCCCCACUCUCCGCGGCACGCCCCAAGGUGACUCGUUGUCUCCUGUUCUUUUCAUAGUGUGCCUUGAGGGUGCGCUGCGUGAUGUUCGGCCUCUUCUUCUACCGCGUCCCCCUGCCGAUAUCUCCCUGGGGUUACCAACUGAAACUGCCUACGCCGACGAUGUGGAUUUCGUAACUGCUGAUGGUGUGAGGCUGAAGACCCUCCUUCCAACCAUAUCCAACAAGCUCCUCGAAUGGGAUUUGAAAGUGAAUGAGACAAAAAAAGAGCACACGCACAUCGAACAGCACACUGAUCGCAUCGAGGAGGAGUGGCGAAACACCAAGAAACUCGGGUCCCUAUUAGGUGAUGCCGAGGAUAUGCUACGGCGACAGCAACUGGCAACUGUUGCCUUUGGUAAACUCUGGACGCUGUAG